GUGAGUUUUAAAAAUUUUUCCACAAAGUUGAAAAAAUUAAAUAAUUCAGUAUUGCACACUUGGGAUAUUGUGUAUUGCCCGAAAAAUGAAGAUGUACGUGCUGCUCUUUUUAGCUGCUGUUAUUAGCAUGGCAGCUUGCCUCAACCUAAAUGCCGAAAUAAAUAUCGAUGACGAACGAAAAACCGAACGUCGAAGUGAACGCCGAAGUGAACGUAUACACAGACGCAAUAGUAGAAUUCAUGCACUACUGACCGCUCAUCUCGGCGUCGGAGCUCUGCCACUCGGGGAAUUGAAGGUAAAAGAUGGUCCAAUAGGUGACGUAGCCACAGGACUUGUCCUAAAGAGAGGCGAAGCGUUGGAAGAUCUCCUAAAGCGUGGAACAGCGUCAGAAGUUGGCCCGAGGAAUGAUACAAUGGCAGAAGUUGUCCCGAAUAAUGGCACGAUAGCAGAAGUUGUCAGAAAAAAUAAUAUAGCUUCAAGUAUAAAAGCAGAAAUCGACCCAACCGCUGGCAUAGCAUCACGAUUUGGUCUCAAGCCAUUCGGGAGCAAACUUUAAUGGUUGAUCAUGUAAUCCUUGCAAAAAUGUAACAACUGUUUCCUAUACUAAUAAAAAAAGAAUCGUAUUUCUCGUCCACACAAUUA